CAGUGCCCGCAUUCCAUCAUGGCGGAGCGGGCGGUUGGCGGUCGGCAGCGCCGGCGGUGAGGCGAGGCGAGGCUGCGGCGCCGCGCACGAAAGAAGACUGAGGACAGCACAACACAUUGCUCAUCUGACAACAGGCACUGACUGUGUAACAUCUAUCAACAGGAGCAAGUUCAAGUCAGGAGACUGUCAAAGCAGGUGGUUAACGUGAGCAGCUGUCAAUGAAUGGUUUUCAGACAUGAUGGCCGACCAGCCACCUCCAUUAGAAGCUACACCUCUAUUGAAUGAAGUGCCACUUCUACCUCAUAUGGUUAAUGGGGACAGCAUACAACAGGUUAUUCUUGUACAGGUAAACCCAGGUGAAACAUUUACAAUUACAACUGAGGAUGGACACGUUCAGUGUAUCCAAGGUCCUGCACAUGUUCCUAUGAUGUCACCAAAUGGUUCUAUGCCACCUAUAUUUGUGCCUCCUGGUUAUGUAUCUCAGGUGGUGGAAGAAAACGGAGUUCGUAAAGUGGUGGUAUUGCCACACUCAGCUGAAUUCCAUCCUUCCAUGCAUCCUCCUCCUCCUCCUCCUCCCCAUGUGCAGCAUUACAUGCACCAUCACCACGCUUUGCUUCCCCACCCACCUCACCCAGUGUACCCUCCAGUUCCUGGGACAGGAGAGCUGCCACCACAGUUCAUUCACCAGCACCCACCACCGCAUGUGUUCCAAGAACAAGAACCUCGUUCCCAUGGAAGGACAAACUUCAUUCAGAGAGAUGAAAGGAGCCUCAAAAUGCAAGAACACCUGAAGAAGAGACUAAAAGACAGACAAGCCAGUGGUCACACUAACAAUAAACUUAACAGUCCUCCAUCCUCACCACAUAAAGUUGUUAAUUCUUCCAAUGCAACCAUUCAGAAUGGAAAUGGAAAGGCUCAGCAAGGAGCAGGAGGACCACAAAAGCAGAAGCAGAUAGGAAAAACAAAAGGCAGCCCAGAUGCAGAGAUGGGAGAAUCUGACACAGAAUCCAAGAAGUGUGAUGUUCACUUGAGCAUUGGCAAGCCAGUCGUUUCUGAUAUACAAGCAAGAUCAGCCGUUCUGUCCUGGAAUCUCCCAGUUAGUUCACAGAAUGGAGAGAGCCAUAGUCAUAGUCCAGCAGCAUUUACAUUUGAAGUAGCAAUAUCCAACAGUGGUAAAAAUGGAAAAUUUAAAUCUGUCUAUGUUGGGGAAGAGUUAACGAUUGCACUGCCUGAUCUCAGACCAGCAACUGAUUAUCACGCCAGAGUUUCAGCAACCAGCAGUUCCGUAAAAGAAUCCAUUUCAGAGUUAGUGAGCUUCACUACAGAGAGCUGUGAGCCAGACUGCCCAGCAGCACCAAAGCUGAUUAACAGAACCAAGAACAGCCUGAGUUUGCAGUGGAAGGCCUCAAAUGACAAUGGUUCCAAAAUAACUAAUUUCCUUUUGGAAUGGGAUGAGGGGAAGAAUGGACCCUUCAAAGAAUGCUACUAUGGGCACCUGAAGCAGUAUAAACUUACCAAACUCUCUCCUUCCACAAAGUACUCGCUCAGACUGGCGGCUAAAAACGAUAUUGGCAUGAGCGGGUUCAGCGAGCCAGUGACGUACCACACCGCAGGGAUGGUGCCGCCGGCCCCGCCGCCGCCGCAGCUGGUCGAGGCCGGGGUGACGUGGCUGUCGCUGAGGUGGAGCCCGGCGCACGGGGCCUCGGAUGAUGCUCUCACCUACACCUUAGACAUGGAAGAAGAAGGCUCUGGUUAUGGUUUCCAGCCACAGUACAAUGGGGAUGAGCUCUCGUGCACUUUAAGAAAUCUGAGGAGGAGCACAGCCUACAAGUUCAGGCUCUUUGCCUACAACAGUGAAGGAAAAAGCAGCCCCAGUGAGGUGGUUGAACACAGCACCAAGCCUGACAAGCCUGGGCCACCCAGUAAACCCUCUGUGAAGGGCAAGAUCCACUCCCACAGCCUGAGGGUCACCUGGGAACCACCCAAAGAUAACGGAGGGUCAGACAUUGCCAAGUACAUUUUGGAGCUGUCAGAGGCAUCAGCUGGGGGCAAGUGGGAGGCUGUGUACAGCGGGGCCCAGCGAGAGCACGUGUGUGACCAUCUGCAGCCCGGCACUUCCUACCGGAUGCGAGUUCAUUGUGUCAGUAAAGGUGGGGAGAGCCAGGCCUCUGAUGUGACGACUGUGACAACGUCGGCUGUUCCUCCUGGGCCGUGUCGUGCUCCGUGCCUGGCAGGCAAAGCCAAACCCAAGGAAGUCACUUUGCAGUGGGCUCCCCCCUCUGCAGAUGGAGGAUCUGAGGUUACAGAGUAUGUUGUGGAGAUGGCAAACUCUGAGCAAGAGGAACGCAGACAAGUGUAUGAGGGUCCAGGCUGUGAAUGUGUAGUAACCAAUCUGCUUCCAGGGAGAACAUACUGCUUCUGGAUCCGAGCAGCCAAUAAAGUCGGGUUUGGGCCUCAGUCUGACAGAGCAGAGAUCUCCACGGCUCCAGGACCCCCUGAUCAGUGCUGCAAGCCCCUGAUAACUUGUAAAAGUGCAACUUGUGCUGUUGUGUCCUGGGAGAGCCCCGAGUGCAAUGGUGCCGAGAUCAGCGAGUUCAGGCUGGACUGGGGGCAGGUGGAAGGAUCCAUGCACAUCAUUUACACUGGCCCAGGCCACAGCUACGAAGUCAAAGGUCUCACACCUGCAACCACCUACUAUUGCAGAGUCCAGGCAGUGAACGUGGCUGGCACGGGGCUGUUUGGCGAGACGGGCACGGUGACAACUCCCGCGGCGGCGCCCGCGGCCGUGCCGCUGCUGCGGCUCCUCCAGCAGCACGGGGACCCUGCUCUGCCUCUGUCAACGUGCCUGGCAAUUCAGUGGGAGGAGCCGUGCUGCCACGGGGCAGAGAUCACGGGCUACAACAUCGAGUAUGGGGAAAAGCAGCUCGUCACUGUUGGCAGGAGCACCAGCCACGUUCUUGAGCAGCUGCUGCCCGACACUCUGUACAGAAUCAGAAUACAGGCCAUAAACAGCUUUGGAGUUGGUCCUUUCAGUCAUUCCAUUAAAGCCAAAACGAAGCCACUACCUCCUGACCCUCCUCACCUUGAAUGUGUGGUCUUCAGCUACCAGAGCCUUAAACUCAAAUGGGGUGAAGGUCCCAGCAGAGCUUUAAUUCCCAACCCUACACAGUUCAACUUGCAGAUGGAGGACAGGUUUGGCAGGUUUGUUACAGUGUACAACGGGCCGUGUCACACCUACAAGGUGCAGCGGCUCAGUGAGUCCACUACCUACUGCUUUAAGAUCCAGGCCUACAACGAUGCUGGAGAGGGGAGGUUUUCUGAAGUUUAUGCUUUCACUACAACUAAGUCCCCACCUGCAUCUUUGAAAGCACCCAAAGCAAAUCAGCUGGAAGAAAACACUUUUGAAAUCACCUGGGAAGCUCUGCAGCCGAUGAAGGGAGAUUCCAUUGUUUACAUCCUUCAGCUUGCUGCUGGCAGAGAGUUUGAUCAGGUGUACAAGGGCCCGGAGCCCUCCUUCCGCCUCUCGGGGCUGCAGACGAACUGUGAGUACCGGGUGCGAGUGUGCGCCGGCCGCCAGAGCCAGGAGGCGCCCGGCUGUGCCGAGCUGUACGGCCCUUACAGCCCCAGCACCGUGUUCUCGGCGCGGGCGCAGGGCCGGGAGCCGUGCCCGGGCCGUGCGGAGCCGGUGGAGCUGGCGCGGAGCCGCCAGACGCUGCGCGAGGAGCGGCUCAUCGCCCUUGGGCUGCUCUGCGGCUUCGCCGUCGUCGCCAUCCUCUUCGCCGUCGUCAUUCAGUACUUUGUCAUCAAGUAGAGGAGCCCCGCUCGCCGCCGGGCCGCCCGGCCACGGGCUCGUCUCGGGUACCGACGGGCGGCUCUGAUCGAAACGGACGGUCCCACGGGUGGCGCGGGCGAGGCUGGGCCGGCAGCUCCCGCCGAGCACCGUACCAAGGGGGAUCCCGCCUCCUCUCCCAUCAGGGUCAGCAUCGCUGCCUUAGUGCACACGCUCCUCCUCUCCGCAGCCGGCCCGGGAGCGGCGCCUGGCUCCGGCCAGGCCCUCCCAGCGCAGGCAGAGCCGCGCAGCGCCUCGGGCACACACACACACUGCAGCAGGAAAGCCAAGCUGUGCUGCAGGGAUGUUACUGCAGUCCUUUGGCUCCUCGGCAGUCUCCAAGGAGCGGUUCCCAGCGUUCGUAGGGCUGCGGUCACGGUGCAGAGCAGAGGGGAGGAGGCUGUGGUGCCCCUACGGCCUCGGCAGGGCCCUGGCAGGGGCCAGCAGCCCCUGGCCACGUCCACAUUUCACUCUCAGUGCCUGAGAGAAAAGUAAUUCCUGUGCUCCUCAUGAAAUCUUUGACAGUGUCUUCAGCAAAAAAAGCAGCACAGGUAUCGUCUUCAAGGAGAAACAAGUGCAUUUAUGAUAAAUGUUACACUAUUUGGCUCAAACUGAGCAAACCUUUUUUGUACUAUUAUUAACCUGAAAACACAAAGUUCCACCUGCUUGGGGAUGCCCUUGGACGUCCCCCCAGCGACCAAAUUGUACCCCAGAGAGCUCUCUUUUAGCCACCCUCGAGACAAGGUGGUAAAGGCCGUGCUACCCCAGGGGCAGCAGCUCCACAUUCCAUCGUUUCCUCCCUGGGAAUGAACCUUCCCGAGCCUGGGCCUGGCUGGCUGGGGCUGCUCCGUGGACACUGUGCACUACACGGGGGCUGCUGGCGCCCGCUGCCCGUCCCCGGCCUGGGACGGCCUUUGUGCCCGGCUCCCGCCCCAGGGAGGCAGCCACACUCACACGGCAGAGGUGAGGCUGCCACAGGCCAAGGGCUGUUUAUUUCCAGCCCUCCAUCCCUUCUGAGGCUCUUUCUCCUCUGGCAGUCGCUGAGUGAGGUCGUGUGACAGUUGGAGGCGUUGUGUUUGGGAUGGAGGGGGGGAACCACCUCAGUGGUGACAUAGUAUCACUCAGUACUCUUCAGCAGUAGAUUUCUGGUGCAAUCUGAAACUAAUCCUUUCCAGAUGUACUCUUCCUUUUGUACUCUAUUUAUUUUGAUUAAAAGUCCUGGAAAAGCAAUGUAUGUUUGAAUGUAUUGUUCUACUUGUAGCAGAACUUUAAGUUAAUCAGCUGUUAUAUCAUAGAAAUCUCUCCCUCCUGCCUUAGGAAGAGUUUUAUACAGAUAUUAGUCUUUAGUUUGCAGAAGAGUUUACAGUCUUUUUACUUCUCUUCAUUAGCCUGCUUUUAGCAGAUCAGACUGCCUCCAGCAAACCUCGCUUGCCAAAGGGUUGUUCCUGUAACCCUCGGAACGAGGCUUGUGGAGGCUUCACUGGGCAAUAAUACUCCUGAUCAUUUUAAAAAGCUAAAUGGGGAUUGCAGAGUUCAAUACUACCGAGUUGCCACUCCUGAAAGGGUGAAAGAUCUCCUGUAAUGGCCACAAAACCGUCACCUUUCCAGAGAGCCUGGGGCAAAAGCUGCUGCUGCAGCCCAGCCCUGGCUCGGGCCGGGCUCCCUCGUGGCAUUAACCUGUUGGCUCCGUCUUCAGUCUCCUUGUAUUUGUCAUUUUGAGGUAUUUCAGACUUAUGUUAAAGUUGCCAUGCAUUGUAUUACUAAAUUGUAACUAUCAAAUAGAUAAUAUAUUUAAUACAGCCAAUAAAUGAUGCAGAUGUAUUCAGAUCUGA